UAAAUUUGCAGGUCCCUCUCAAACUUCAAUAUCUAUCUCGACUUGUUAUUCUCUCUAAUACUAAACCAAAACAAAGACAAUUACAAAAUGGUCCCAUAAAGCCAUAAACCAAACCCAAACGCCCAAACCUUUGCCAACUCCAAUCUUUCUAUCCCAACAGAGCCUCUCCUGUCCCUAGUCAUAAGUCCCCAUAAGCCACUGCCAGUGACUGCCUUCUCAAAACCCUCAAGUCAUGGCCUGCCACCACCACCACCACCAUCAGCACCACCAUACCUCCGCCACCAGCUGCUCCACCUGCUCUUGCAGUCAGUGCUUCCAACCAGCACCGGCUUCGUCUCCAUAUCCCCAACAGUCUGACCAUCUUCUACAAGCCCUUGCCUCUCUCCUUCAACCCCAACAAAAUCAUUAUCUAAAUCAAACCCAUCAUCUAAAAUCAUUCCAAGAUCAAAACUUUGCCACUAAAAACCAUCACUUUCAUCAAAAACAGCAAGAACAACCCGACUUUCUCAUCUCUUCACUUGUGAGCCGUAUCAAUGCUCUUGAAUCAUCACUCCAUAGCUUCUCCAAAGCCUCAAGUUGUUCUUCUUACCCUUCAUUUUCACUUAAAGAUGCAGCUGCUCGUGUAAUCCAAACCCAUUUCAGAGCUUUCUUAGUUCAUAGAUCAAGAACACUUAGACAGCUCAAAGAUCUCGCCUUUAUCAAAUCAAGUCUCAACACUCUCAAGCUUUCAGUUUCCAAUAAUAUCCAUUUUGAUCCCCAAGUUGUUUCUCAAAAAGCCAUGGACUUGCUUCUCAAACUGGACUCUUUUCAGGGUGGUGAUCCAAUGAUUAGAGAUGGAAAAAGGUCAGUUAGUAAAGAUUUGAUUCAGUUUUUAGAAUAUGUUGAUGGGUUAGUUUUAAAAAGGCAUAAGCUCCUAUAUAAGAAUGCAAAAAACAUUAGGGUUUUGAGAAAUGGUAGUAGUAAACCUAAGGUUUUAAGGUCCAAAUCUGGUGAAGUAAUGGAGAAGCUGAGAGACAGAGUUGAAAAACUUGAGAGGUUUUCUACCAUUGAAGAAGGAAAUGAUGUUGUUGAGCUUGAAGGUUUUCAUCAAGGUAUUGAUGAAGCAGAGAAUAAAAAUAAAAAUAAAAAUGGUGAGCUUUUGUUGAAAAGGCAAGGGAUUCAACCAAAAGUGAAGAAAGCUGUAAGCUUUACUGAAAAUGGGAAUGUUUAUAGGAUUAUUAGCAAUGGAGAUGAGGUUAGUUCAAGUGGAGAUGAAGCAGAGAAUAAAAAUAAAAAUGGUGAGCUUUUGUUGAAAAGGCAAGGGAUUCAACCAAAAGUGAAGAAAACUGUAAGCUUUGCUGAAAAUGGGAAUGUUUAUAGGAUUAUUAGCAAUGGAGAUGAGGUUACUUCAAGUGGAGAUGAAGCAGAGAACAAAAAUGGUGAGCUUUUGUUGAAAAGGCAAGGGAUUCAACCAAAAGUGAAGAAAACUGUAAGCUUUGCUGAAAAUGGGAAUGUUUACAGGAUUAUUAGCAAUGGAGAUGAGGUUAGUUCAAGUGGAGAUGGUAGUUUAACCGAUGAGAGUGUUUCGAGUGAUGAACGUGGAGAUACAACGGAGAAUCUUGUCAAAGAAAGUGAAGAUUUAGUUGAGAAUUUGGAGGAGGCAAUUAACUUGAACAAACAGGCAAGAAGUAACAGUGUUGAGGACUAUCAGAUUCAAGGUGAUGAUUUUGUGUUUUCUGCUCCAUUGCCUGUGAAGAUGGAAUCUAAAGCUGAUCUAAUGAAGAAGAGGAAUGGUGCGCUCAAAAUUGUUUCAUCAUAGAUAUAUCACCGUUAUGAAAGAUUAGAUCUUUAUUGGUUCUUUUUCUUUCUUAUCUGUCAUUCUAAUAGUUAGUUCAGAUUGAUGAGUGUGAGACUGUUCCCAUGGAGUUUGUUCUGUGAAUCUCAGGCAAUAUAUUUUUUCACUCCCAUUGAAGAGGGGUUGGUUUGACUUAUUUUUGGUAACUUUGCACUUGAUUGAGUGUUUAAUGUUAGCUGAACUUGGAACUGUCA